CGGCAGCGGCACCACCACUCAACACCAGCAGCGGCGGUGAACGUUUACCUUGUUCGUGUUUAGACGAUAUUUACACUGUUCGACAUCAACGACAGCGACGGUUCGCCGGUCGAAACAACCGAUACUUCGUUUAUUACUAUUAAAAAAUACGCACAUCGUUAUAAUAUAUUUGAUAUAUAUUGCACUUGUACCCGGUUACAACAAUAGUACUAAAGACAGCAAAAAUAACAAUUGCGUAUAGUUUUCAAAAUAAUCUGCGAUCGAGCGUGUACCGUGUUUUUGUUGUGUUUUGUUCGUGCGCCGACCGUGUGAGUGUGCGAGUGAUAAAACGGAGGUACCAGUUUUUUUGGCCUGGUGAACGGCAACGACGACUACUGUGUGCGACUGCUACACAUCUAAUAUCAGUGAUAAUAAUAAUAAUAAAUAUUGGAUUAUUAUAACAAAUAACAUAAAUAAAUAUUUAUAUGAAUAAUGCGAUCGUCCGGGAUUCUUCAUCCUCAUUCACCGGUUUACCGCGCACGGAAGAUGGUUGAAACACGACGGAUUAGAUUUUAAAUCUACUCUCGCCGUGACAUGCACCCAGUUCUUUCAGCGCGAGUUUCUGCGGUAAACAAUGCGUUUCCGUCCGAAACAUUGAAACGUCACAUAAUCAAUCUUGUGUAGGAAAAAUAUUAUGUCAACCGUCAAAUUGCAGAGCAGCAACACGUUUAACAAUUUCGCAAACGAUGUGGAAUCCAUGCCGUCUUCCCCGAACUCACCGUGCAGCGUCUUCAUAGACACGGGCAACGAUUUCCGGCUGGGUCCAUAUGAUCUCCACGAAUCUUGGCCUAAGAUGAGCGGCGGCGCAAGCCCAAGCUCUGCGUUGCCAAAAAAAAAGAAAAAAAGCGACGCUAAGCCACAAUCCCAAAUUAACAAGUGCCUUAAUGAAAAACGCCGUAGAGAACAGGAGAACAUAUACAUUGAAGAGCUGGCCGAGUUGAUCUCAGCUAGUUUUGCGGACAUGAGUUCCUUGUCUGUAAAACCUGAUAAGUGCGCAAUUUUGCAGGAAACUGUCAAACAGAACCGUCGAAUUAAACCAGAAAAUUCGGAAAGUUUAGUUGGCAUCGAAUCUGCUGUGCAACAGGGUGAAGUCUCUUCAUCAAAACAAUCUAAAAUAUCCAACACAGAACUUGCUCCUCUUCUACUAUCGGCGUUAGAAGGCUUUUUGCUUGUGGUUAGUGCAGACGGCCGAAUAGAAUUUGUCAGUGAUAACAUUGAACAAUUUUUGAACUACAACCAGGAAGAACUGAUUGGCGAGAGCGUGUACAAUUUUAUACACCACGGCGAUCACACUAGAUUCGGUGUUCUCUUAAAUAAACUGUUAUUAUACGGAUCGUCUAUCGUGUCUCCGGGAUCAACCCAUAGUUCAGCUUCACCUAUGGACCAUCCUCCCUCUGGUUCCAAGAGUAAUAACUGGAAUCAUCGGAGGUUCACUACCAAAUUCAAUUGCCGCCUGUUGGUGAAACCGCAGUCUGACCAAGACCAAACAAUUGAGGAAAAACAAACAAGAGUCUGUCAAUACAAGACUUUACAGAUAUCGUCCACAAAAAUAAAUGGUGGAAUGCUCGAUGACGAAGAAAAUACCGAAGGCGGUGGCCAGAGUUUAUUAUGUAUUGCCCAGCAUGCACUUAACGAGAAACACUUGAGCCCACCUUUGGAACAGUUUACAUUUAAACUCGAUCAGAAUGGAAAAAUCCUGAGUUUAGAUACCCAAAACGUAUCGAAUACUUAUGCUCAAUAUAUGAAUAAAGAUAAUUUAGUUGGUAGAAUGUUGCAUGAACAAUGUCAUAAAAAUGAUUCACUUAAAGUGAUAAACCACAUAAAAGAAACGCGGCGAGCCGGGUCCAGCACAAGUCCAAUUUAUAAACUUCAUUUGGUUGAUGAAAAGUAUAUUAACGUACAGACAAAAUCUAAGUAUUUUAUGAAAACCGAUGAUGAAAUGGAAUUUAUAAUGGCAAUUAUUUCAAUAAUUGGUGACAGUGAGAUGUGCACAAUGAUUGAAAACCAUUCAUCUGCUUACGCCGCUGCUAGUGCGGCAGUAGCUGCAGUGACAGACCCAUUAGGGGUGGUUUCUUUAAAUGGAACAGACUCACUAUCUUUGAUGGUCAGCGGACCUGGGUCCAAUCAUUCAGGAUCCAACAUGCAGUCCGAAACAAAAUUUUCUACUACCAAUGCUUUUAACAUGACUCCGACAUCUGAUCUCAAUUUCUCGGAUUUCCCAUUAUUCCAAAGUACAACAUUCAGUGACAUUUUACAAGAGAACAAAUGGCCUGAACAAGCUAUGAAUGUAGUAGAAACAUUGGCUAAGACAACACCUGUGCCUAGUCCGGCUACAAUAUCAUCUAACCCGCACACUCCUACAGCACAUACACCAUAUACCUCUUUUCCCUUUAGUCCACUAAUUCCAUCGCCAAAAGAUACUUUUGAUUCUAUUAACAAUGCUGAAAAAACAGAAUCAGCCCGGUUACGUACAUUACUCAUGACAACUAAGCGAGCCGACGGCUCGUUUGAGGAGAGUAAACACAACAUACUAAAAGGCCUACUAAAUCAACCUGAAAUGGGUUUACAAGAUGAAGAGUCUAUGAAUCAUCAUAGCACACCACCUAGUCCUGCCAAUAGUAGGCCACAAUCACAUAAUAGUUCCAAUUUGAAUGAUACUUCAGCAGCUCUAAAUAAUUCCUCAAGCAACAACAUGUUACUUAAGUUAUUAAAUGACAAAAGUGAAGAUGAAGAUUUAGAAGCUCGUGUUGGUAUCAAAAAACAAAAUGAGCUUCUUCAGCAGUUACUUAAAGAGGAUGAUAAUGUUAGGCAGCAUGGAGCCAUGCUUGAGCAAAAUGAACAGCAACACUCGAAUGAAGAGCACAUUUUGAAAGAUUUUCAUAUUCUGCCACCAACAUCGCCAGAUAGUCUUGGUCAUAGCCGUAAACGUAACAGCGUUAGUGCUGAUGAUGAGAAUGACCGCCCACCUUUAAAACGCAGUUUGAUCCCAUCCGUACUGGAAUCAAUGCCUAACCCUUCUAUUAGUUCGCAGCCUCAAGUACCAACAAACAGCAAGUUGCGUGAGCGUAACAAAAUGCUUGCUUCGCUGUUAGCCAAAGACCCUCCACCUACUGCUAUACCUGCAAUACCAGCAUCUGUCAUAUCGGCCACACCUCAGGAUAAAUUAGUCAACAUAAUUAAACAACAACAGCAACAUCAACAACAACAACAACAACAACCUGCUGCAGGUGGCUGGAAUAGCAAUCAGCAUUCGAUGACUAUUCCACAACAGCGAAUGCCACUUAACCAACUUCAGGUUCAUCAACGUGGCUUACCACCAAAAAGCGCUAAUAAUAUUUUCCUAAAUCACAUGUUGGAUCAACAACCACAAAGUCUUAACAGUCCAGGGCAAUUGUCGAACAUGCAAAUGUCACAAAUGCGGAUUGUUACCUCAACAGCUGUUAGUGGCAGCUACAAUCAGUUUAAUAAUUCUGAUUCCAACAUCAAUUUGCAAUCUUUUAAUUCCGAUCCAGAACUAUCGGAACUUCUUGAAGAAGUAAUGGACAUCAUGGUUGUGACCUCAGAAACAACCAAUGCAGCAAAUACUGCUGUUGGAUCAAACACGGCUAAUCAGGGUUCGUUUAAUUCAUUAAUGAACGAAAAAAUGGCCGUCAGCGAAAUUCAGAAAUGUUUGAUGCAAGUCGAGUCCACAGUCAAGUCUCCGGCUCAGCUUAACUAUGGUUCACCUACCGGAAACGGUGUUCAAGCCCAAAAUCAAUUCAUACCACCUCCAGCUUACCAACCUCAACAAAAAACUAGUGUUCGAUUUAACCAGCAGCAGUCACCUAGACUGGGUGGUGUGGGCUCAUAUCCUAAAAAUCAACAACAACAGCUAUUAUUGCAUCAACAACAAAAACAAAGGUUAAUCCAGCAACAGCAACAGCAACAACAACAACAAAAGCAGAGACUUCUUCAACAACAGCAACAACAAAAAAUGGUCGUAUCUUCAAAUUCUGCAGCCAUAUCUACACCAGAUCCGACCACAGCUUUGCAGACUAUUGAUUCUUUAUUGAACAACUCUGUCGCUCCUAAUGUAGCUUUACAAUUAUCCUCAAAUGUACCUGAUUCACAAUCUCAAUUAAGCCCAGUUUAUGCUGCAUCAGGUAGUCAGUUGCUCAAUUCAUCUCAGAUCUCACCUUCAUCUAACCGCCAACCUCCUUACUCUAAUCUUACACAACAACAAUCAUUUUCCAUGUUAAAUUACGGAACGACAACACAAACCCAAACAACAGCACAGUCUCAGCAACAAGUGCCUCAGCAAGCAAUAACGAGAAUGUCUUCAUCAAAUCAUUCUCAAUACCAAAACACUAUCAACCCAUGUGUCAAUCAACAACCACAAACUCAAAGUGUGUAUUUAAAUCAAACGCAACCUGGUGUGUGGACACAACAACAGAGAUUGACCUUACAUCAACAACAAAAUCCUAUGCUUAAUGCUCAGCUACAAGUUACUGGUUUCAAUAAUGGUAGCAAUGCUGUCAGGCAAAACUUCAUUAAUACACAACAGCAAUCACAACAACAGGGUCGUGUUUUAACAAGUCCUGUUAGUUAUACCACAGAAGUGGUGCCAGCCAAUAAUAACUGUUCACCACAACAACAACAACAACAGCAGCAGCAUCAGUUGCAAUUUCGGAUGCCCAGAAGUGUUAGCAUUUCAACUCCUACAAACGUCCAAAUUCCAGGUGGCAACAACAGCGUUACAGAGUUUACUCGAAACGAACUAAGAGCAUUUGUUGGGGUUCGAAGUCAACAACAGGGUGGUAAUGCUCGUCUUACUGGUCAGUUAUUGUCUGGUCAAAACAUAACACCUACAGAGCUCGAUCCAUUAAGUUUAAAUUUUGACAUGUCUCCUACUGGUGGCAGUGAAAGUCCUAAGUGGUCAGGAAUGAAUUCUGAUCUUGGUGCAUCAUCACCUCAAUCACAAGGAAUGGCAUCGAGGGCUCCAGUUGAUGACAGUAAUAGAACAAACAACACAAACUCAACUACUAGCGCCAGUGCAACAGACCAAAAAUCUUCUCUUUUACAAAAAUUGCUUUCUGAGUAACCACUACAUUUUUAAAUUUAUCAGAAAGUAGCAACUAUAUUUGGGUGGGCUGUUACUAUUUAUUUUUUCGUAUGUAUAUUUAAUUUUUAUAAUAGAUGUACCUUUAGUUGUAUAAAAUUAAGAAAAGAUUUGAAUGAUCAGUUUAACAAUUUUACUAUGUACAAACUACUAUCGACUACCUGUUUUACUUAAACUGGGUGUACAUACUAAUUUUUAAUAUAGGCUAAAACGUUACAUGUUGAUUUAUUUAUUGAUCAUAAGUUAUUAAUCGUCGUUUUGUUUUACUUGCCAAUGUAAUUUUGUUGUGAAUGCGAUUAUUAUUGUUUUUUUCAACACAUCUUUGUUAUUAUUUUUUAUUCCUCUUUUACUACAUUUUAAAAUCAUUAUUUUAAAAUUCAUUAUUUUUUAGAUGGAAUCCAGUUUACUCAGGUACAUGAUUUGGACUAUAAUGUUCUAUUUUAUCUUUUUUUGUUAUAUCCUAACACCUUUUUAACACUAUCAAUUCACAUUAACUUUAAUUAUCAAGUUAUUAUUUUGUUAUUGUAAUAUUGUUAUCGUUUGAAAUGUGUUUAUUGUUGGUGUGUGUACUGCGGUUUUACAUAGAAUGCUUUCUCUAAUUGAACAUUUUCCGAGAAAGUUAUUAGAUAUUUAUUAGCCGAUUGUCUUCCUGCUUGUAUAACCUAAAAAAAAAUGAUUUUCUCUACACAUCCAUAACAUGCUAAACUAUAACAUUUGUAUCUCAUUUUAAGAAGUAAUUAUAAUUUUGGUCUUCCUAUUUAAUUACGAAAAACAGAUUAUUAAAAUUCAGUUGCAUUAGUCUUUCGGGUUUUGUUUUUUGCUUGUUGUCAGUUUUAAUGGAGAAGUUGUUACCCUAAAUGUAUAAUACCUAGCAUCUAAAAUAGUCUACGUUGCUGGAUUCCAUGUUUUCAAACUAUUACAUGUUAUUUGGUCUUUUAUUUUAUUUGUAACUGCGAUUAAUGGGCAUAUCUUCAAUACACAUAAAAGUGUCGUAAAGCUUAUUAGGGUACUCAAUUACAGUCGUUGUUUUUGGUUAGUCAUCGGCAUCAAGAUUAUUACCCUGAGUGAUGAUGAUGAUAAUAAUAAUAGUCAGAAACAAAUAUAUAGUUAUUUCUAUUAAAAUCAUAUUCAAAAACUUUAAUAUAUAUUUUCGAAAAGAAUAAUUUUAUGAACAUUUAUAUAAAACCCAUCUAUGUUAUUGGCAAGAUAUUAUUUAUGCUACUAUUAUUAUUAUCAUUAUUAUUAUUAUUUUUAUUAUUAUUACAUAUUUUUAUUAUAGAAAUUAUUAUUAUUCAUGUUGUUGUUGUUGUUGUGAGAUUUUCUUUUUAAGUUCCUUUUGUUAUUAAUUAUUAUUUUUAACAUUAUUAUUGACAAGUAAAAUUUUUAUAUCUAGAUAGUUACGUAAGGAAGUCAUGUGUAUUGUCGUUCAUUUAUUUUUUAUUUUUAGAAGUACAACAUUUUAAGAUACAUCUUUUUUACCCUAUUUUUUCACUGUAUUAUUACUAUAAAUAUGAUUUAUAUUUUACAUACAUAUAUACACUUAAAUAUUAUAUUCAUUGCAAGUAUAUAAAUUUAUACUGUUUGUAUUAGAGUAACGUCCCCUUUUACACGCCUCCUAAGUUCUUCGUUUUCUUUCAAUUGCUUCAAUUGAAAUUUAUUUUUUUUUGGUGUAAUGUAAAAUUUUCAAGAAAAAAACAUGACAGUUUUUUAAACUAGAAUGAUUUGUCGUAAAAAGACAAAAUAAUAAUUACCGUUUUUGAUAUUGGAAAUAAAUUACUUUAUAGUUACCUAUAUGAUACACACUAGGGUCGAAGCUCGUAAAAAUUGAGGUGUUUGUCUGUUUUUUAGUUUUUGGAUAAUUAUUUGUGAAAAACUGUACGUCAAUAUAGUCGUAGGAUAUUAGUGUUUAGGUAAAUUUAUGUUAAGAUUAUAAUAAAACUUUUUUAUUAUGUAAACAAAAUAUAACUAUAUAAAUGUCUAUAAACAAACAGUGUAGAUUAUGGUUUUUUAAAAUUAAUUAUUAAGUUUUUAUAUAACCGGGAUUUACUAAAAUACUCUACGUCAGUAAAAUAAUAUAUAUUAUAGUACACAU